CGGGGUUUUGUGCGUUUCCUCCAUCGUGGCGCGUCCCCGGGUGGCGGAUAGGGGAACGCCUCCCAGAUAUGGGUGGCAGGGGCCAAAUGAAAUAACUCUCGCGGACCAAAAAACGCACGCACACAUGAAAAUCCCAAAGCGUCUGACCCGAGACGGGCGGCUUCUGGGUCGGCGUCUGACCCCAGAGGGGCGGCCGUACAUACCACCUGGCCGUAGGUCUAAAAGGCAAUGGAAGGUCACCAUCUAGCCACACAUGAAACAUGGAGAGUAACAAAAAUAAUCCCCAGGAGGGUCCGACAACGUCGGGAAUCCCUCUCUGCGCAAGCAGGCUACCCUACGGAUCUGGGGAGGGCAGUACCUCUAGUUUUUCAACACCCCUGGCAGGUAACCAGGCUGGGGCGCAAGAUAACCCGACCAAAAGUGCGUCGCUAAGCGGGUCGGUGUCCUUCGGCAGAAAUACCGCGGACAGAAAGGUCGAGACAGGCGUAGACGAGAAGACAACCUCGGUAAGUAUAACAAUCCCAGCAGGAAAACAGACCGAAAAGGAGAACACUAACAAAAUAAAGCUGCCAAUGCACCCAUUGUUGGAGGCGAGCAUGAGGCCUACAACCAACAUUGUGGACCUAACUUUCGAUGAAGAAACGAAAACUGCGGCCAGGAGUUUCAAGGAGAAAUUCCGAUCAAUUAAUAGAAGCGUCUCCUUGACGGAACUGGGGAAGGCGAGCCCGUUCAGAGAAAAGAGUCCGGGAAGAAAGGCGUCGGGAUGGAAUGUCACCCUAACAAGGGAGAGCCCAAUCGAAAGCACACCCAAAACAUCAAAAAAAGGAAAAAACAAGAACAGCGUGGAAAAAACAAAAACAGAAGAAGGAAACGAAGUAGAUAGACAGUUGACAAAAAAAGGAAGGUAGACGAAAAGAGCCCGCCACUAAUAGAGCGGUUAAAGGAGAUGGGACUAAGCCCAAAGCUCACGGAACUGGCACAAAGAGUGAAGGAAUUGUCAAAUUUUGCUUCGGAGAAUAAAAACGUCCACAGAGACAUAAAGGACAUGGCCAAAGAAAUCAAAUCGAUACUAGGCUGCGUAGUACAAGAGCAUAAGGUUGACAAAAUCCUGGAGAAGGAAAAAGAGGAGGGCUACCUGAACGAAAUCAGAAAGCUCAAAAAAAAACUCAACCUGGACAGCAAGAGCACUCAAACAGAAGGGCCGGUAGACACUAGCUACCAGGAAAUAAAAUUAAAAAAGGAUAUGAACUACCAAGAGGUAAGAGAAGUGGCAAAUAAAACAUGGAAGGGGGAAACAUACCAAAACAUAAGCACAGAAGAAGGAUACCCCUUCAGAAAGAUCAUGAAAGAGGAUACGGCGUGGAUCCUAGACCCAAAUGCAGAACAAAAUAAAGAACACCUCAAAAACAUUCUGAAUAAGCAUAAAGGAAUAGACGACAUUCUGGAAAAGGGAAAAAUUAAAGAAAACUGGGUAAGAAUCGUAGAGACGAACAGAUUAUACGUUGGCGGAGAGUUGGAGAAAAAGAACAAAAUAGAGACUUCCACAUACAUACUGGGGAUGAACAAGGAAGAAGAAGACGAGAAAGCCUUUGCGAGAAUGUAAAACUUCGUUUCCAGCCUCGUGGAAAGGAGCCAAAAGCAUAUAAACAUAGCAUAUAUCGGGGAGGACAGGCCAGUUAAAAAAUGGCUGGAAUGCAUGCUAACAGGCGGAAGUCUCAAAACGACAUGGUGCCAAAAUAAAAGGGACCAAAGGGACCGCUCUGAUGAAUAUAAGGAAGCCGGAAGGGGCAGAAGGGAGACAAUUAACGUACAAGCGGAAAAAAAUACAACAUAUGCAGACAUCAUGGGGAAAAUAAAAAACACCAUGAAUCCGGAGGAAAUGGGCAUAACAGUGGAGUCUGUCCAGAAAACCGGAAACGGCAAUAAUAUUAGAC